AUGGAAUGGUAUACACUGCUUGGUACUCUGUUAAUCAUUGUAUUAGUCGUUAUUUUGGGUGUUCUUUUGGCGUGCGCGUUAGCGGGACAACGAUGUACAGUUUCAAUCCAACAACGUCAACAGAAUCACGAGUUAACGAAAAUUCAACAAGAGAAAGAACGAAAACGUCAGAAGAAAUUGAGUUCACGCUUGAAACGAGCGUUGAAUCCAUCGGCGAAAUCAGAUCAACCUUUAGCACCUGUCGAAGAUGUUAAAACGGUCGAAUUUACACUUAAAUUAGGAGAUCGACCGGAACCAAUCGAAGAGGUAACACCAACUAUUGAUUCAACGAAAGUUAUUUUGCUUAAAGAUCGCUUGACGCAAGCUGAAUUGGAUGAACGACAGCGAAAACGUGAUGAAAUCAGAAAAAAAUAUAACCUUUAG